GAUUUAUUUCACGGUCGCGAAUGACAUUUGAGCGCUCUCGCUUCUCAACCAAAAAAAUUGCAACGUAAAAGGCAGAGGCAGUAAAACAGCUGACGAAAACUUUGCGUAAACGACGCAACGCCAACGACGCUACGUCCACAACGUAGUACUUCAAGCGCAUUGCCGACGCAACGGUCUGGCGUGAGGCUCUGGGAGCUUCCCGUGUGUGCUUAGUCACUUCAGAUGCGAUCACGUUCCGUGUCAGUUGGCCAACGGUCGCGAUGAAUGCGGAACACACUCGAAAACCCAAGCAACGGACUGGCCAUGUGGCUUGCAGCUACAAGAAUGGAAUGCUGGUCUGGGGCGGUUACAAGGAAACGGAAAGGUCCACAAGUUAUCUGCCGGGCUACGAGCUUUGGUUCUACGAUACGCUGCUCGAAAAAUGGGUGCUCCGGAGGACGGGAGGCCAGGUGCCGCCGGGGACGUCCGGCGCGGUGGCUGUGACCGUCGGCGACGGCAUGUACCUGUUUGGGGGCUUCCACGAUAGCCGCAACACAAACCGGUUGUACCGGCUGGACCUGGUCACCAUGGACUGGGAGCUGGUGGACGCACAGGGGCCCCUGCCCACACCCUGCGACAAGAUGGCCGGAUGGAGCUACGCAGACAGGCUCUAUGUUUUUGGUGGUUUCGGAGUGACGCCCCGCCAGGGUGUCUCGAGACCACUCGACUUCCACUAUGUCCUCGACAUGCAAGCACCGUGGCGGGGAUGGACCAAUCAGCUCGUGGAGUUUGAUGUUGUCUCCAAGACCUGGAGCUAUCCGUCUUACAAGGGCAAGGCGCCGUUGCCCAGGGCAGCGCACGCGGCUGCGCAGAUCGACGGCAAAGUCUUUAUCUUCGGCGGCCGCCACCAGGAGAACCGGCUCAACGACAUCCACAGGCUCGACCUCGACGCCAUGGAGUGGAGCGGCGCGCUCCAGACGGUGGGCGAGAAACCCUGCGGCCGUUCGUGGCACAGCUUCACAGCCGUCUCGCCCGUGCACGUCGUCCUGUACGGCGGUUUCAGCCAGUCCGAAGAACCGCUCGCGGACUGCUGGCUCUUUGUGGUGGGAGCCCUGACCUGGAUCCGCGUGGAGCUUCCCCUGCCACCCCGGCUCUGGCACUCGGCCUGCCUGAGCCAGCAGGAAGAGGUGGUGGUGUUUGGCGGUUGCGCCGGAAACAUCUUCCAGCGUGGCGGCAUCCACGCGGAGGACACAGUCAUCGUGCUACGGUUUUCUCCAAGGAGCCUUUACAGGAUCUGCCUGGACAAGGUGCUGCAGUGCAAGGUGCUGCUGCAGUCCCAGUGGCACACCCUGCCCUCCACCGUGCUGGAGACUCUCUGCCUCAAGGACGGGAACCUCCACGGCACGGGGCUCGACGGCUCCUGAUGGCGGGCUCGGCUGCGGCGCAGGCCCAUCUGUACAUACCUGAAGCAACUAUUUAUGAGGAGAAGAGGCACCUGAUGUUACUUGAGGAGAGAGAAAAAUAAAGAGACCUGGAAAGCAAGCA